GAAUCGAAGAAGGGCGCGUCGGCACGCGCCUUGCGCUGAUGGCGCCCGGUGCGGGCCGGCAUGCUGUUUGCGGCUGCGGCCUCCCGGAUCCCCGCCUCCAGGGUCUGAAAGGCUGCAUCAAGUUCCCCAGCCACAGCAUGGCCUGUGCAGGCGUCAAAACUUGCACUGGCAACAUUGCGCAAAGCAGCAGCAUACGCAUUCCUAGCACUGGGCUGCCAUUUCACUCGUGACAAUGGCGCCCCAAUACAUGGUAAGGGAACACUGGCAGCCACAUUCACUUGCAACGUCAUCUCAAUAGGAUGAUGAUCAGAGUCUUUUCUACCAGUUUUCACAACAAGAUGAGAAAUCAAGGGGAGCGCAUCAGCGGAAACGAGAACAUGAUCAGGUCUAGUUGCCUGAGUAUGGGUUCUGGCCUUAAAGGUAGGCACUGCUUCAAGGUCUCCUAGCACUCUGCCAGAGCAUAUGAGCAUGUCAGUUUCCUUGCAAAAAUCUAACAGGCGCAGCCCAUGAGCAUUGACACCUUCAUCAGUGCAGCCUCGAGUAUUGCUGUCAUCAGCGUCAGGCAAAUUUGACACACGAGCAUUGAAGUCUCCUGCCAGGAUCACAUUGCCCUGAGCACGAGCGGCAACAACUUCUGCACAUAAGCCCGUAAAUCGACUGGUCAGGUCCACAGUCUGCAAUUGCCGGGAACCCGCUGGAGGCACAUAGCUGGAGCCAAUCAGCAGCGGUGUAGAGUCCCCCUCAAACUGCAC